AUGGAGGCAUUUGCUCACACUCAUAAACAAACAUCGUAUUAUUAUCGUGAUGGGAGGAUCUUUGUGGAAAGUUCUGAUUCUAAGGAGUGGGGCUACUACAGCACCAAGGAAGAGCUUGAUGCAUUGAUGAGGUCACUGAAUUGCAAGGGUGAGCGGGAAAGAGAAUUGCAACAGCAACUGGAAAAAUAUUAUGCUAGAAUAUGUACGGAACUUCAGAAGAGAUCAAAGGAUCAGAUACAGCAGAUUGCACUAGAUGAGUCUGUGCUCCGAAGGUCUACUCGUGUUCGAGCGCCACCUAGAGAAAAUCCUGCCAAUGCUUUCCUCAAGUAUGUUAACAAGUGGAAGGAAGAGUAGUCUGUUAAGUUUAGCUCUUCAGAUUCAUGAAAGCUGGAACGUUCUACCCUUAUUGUCUUUUCAUUUGUUUCUUUCGUGAUUACAUAUGGAGAAUAGUGGGAAAUGAUUCUGUUGGUCCAAAGUCUGAGGAGGAAUAGGAGGAUUGAGCCGUAGUCUAAUCUAU